UGAAAUCUCCUUAUAUAUGCCCACGCCGCGGUCUCUAACUCGCGGCUAGGGUUUUAUCGAGGGCAACUGCGAUGGGGAAGGGAACCGGGAGCUUCGGCAAGCGGCGGAACAAGACCCACACCCUCUGCGUCCGCUGCGGCCGCCGCAGCUUUCACCUCCAGAAGAGCCGCUGCGGAGCCUGCGGCUAUCCUUCCAGCCGGAUCCGCAAAUAUAAUUGGAGUGUGAAGGCGAUCCGGAGGAAGACGACGGGAACUGGGAGGAUGAGGUACCUCCGCCAUGUCCCACGCCGCUUCAAGAGCAACUUCCGCGAAGGUACUCAAGCAGCUCCCCGGAAGAAGGCAGUGGCUGCAGCGUAGUCCUAAGACGUGGGGAAGAGUUAAUUUUCUAUUUAUGAUAUUUUGCUUCUACUACAAACUUUAGAUAUUUGUUUUGGAUGCUGGAAAUGAAUUCUGUAGUUCUAUUGUUUAUGGGAGAUCUUUGAAAUUUUGCGUUUGAUACUCAAAAAGUUGUCUGUGGAUUUACAACUUUCCUAAUAGUAAUGUGGUUGAAAUUUCAUGUUUCUUCA